AGCUGCAUGUAGAGAGAGGGAGAAGGCUACUGUCGGAUGGUGUUUGAUGGUGACCCUUGUCUGUUUAAUUGUUUCUAGAUAAAUCUCCAUUUGACUGGUUGGAUUUCCCUCUUGUCAUUGCCAAGAGUCCCUUGUUUGCUUUCCCGUCUCGUUAGGAGAAAUUGGAAUGUACAAAAAUCACAUAAAAGACACCAACAACAACUACAAUAAAAGCCUUCUCCCUGACCAUAAGGAGAAGCUGAUCCAGGCUAUUAAAAGAAUAAAGCAUGAGGUAGAUGAGUGCUGGGAGGCAGAGAGAGAGACGUACAUAUGGUCUGUUGGUGUAGAGAGAUGUUUUGAUAAUCUGGAACGGGAGGUCCGAGCUGAGUUCCAGAACCUCCAUCGCUUCCUGGACGAAGAGGAGACCAUGGACAUGGAGCGACUGAAGAAGGAGAAAGAGAAGAGGGUGAAGCUGCUUAGGGAGAGGGAGAAGAAGAUCGCCAUGCAGGGAAGAGAUCUGGAGAGAGGCAUUGCCACGCUAAACAACAAACUGGCCGAGGAAGACAGUCCCAGACUGCUCAAAGAGAUUCAAGACCUAUUGAAAAGGUCCCAGGUGGCUUUCAUACCGCCUCCGCAGGUGGAUGUGGAGGUGCGAUCAGCACACUUUGUGGGGCCCAUCCAGUACAGGAUAUGGAAACACAUGAAGAGCUGCCUGUACCCGAAUAUCACUGAAGUGACCUUUGACCCAGAGACAGCCCACCCCCUCCUCACCCUCUCCCCCAGCGGCACUUCUGUGUGGUUCGAGGAGGACAAAGUUAUCCCCAAGGCCUCGGAGGAGGAGCAGCCCCCCAACCCCCGCUGCUUCCACUACUACUACAGUGUCAUGGGCCGAGAAGGCUUCAUCACCGGACGCCAUUACUGGGAGGUGGAGGUGGGCCGCAAGACAGCGUGGCGGCUGGGUGUGGCCAGGGAGGACGUUCACCGGGGGGAGAUGGACUCCAGCGGGACCAGUAAUGGUCUCUGGACCCUAUCCCUGAAGGGAGGGGCCAUCUUGGCCUGUACAGACCCCAAACCCACCAAGGUCCCGGUGUCCAUCAAGCCCGUCCGGAUCGGAGUGUUCUUAGACUGUGAGAAGGAGGAAGUAGCGUUCUAUAACGCUGUUACCAUGACGCCGCUGUACACAUUCUCCAUGGAAACGGUGUUCGUUCCGCUGAUCCCCUUCUAUAACCCAUGUGACACGGACGAUGGGAGGAACCUGGGUCCCCUAAACCUCUUCAGCCCCUCUAUAUGAGAGUACAGAGAACCAAGGAGAACCAAGGUUGUACUGGAGUAUAUGUCGUUUGGGGAUGUGGUGGAAGGAUAGAGAGAAUUUGUAAAUGGUUUGUUUUAUACAGUGUGUGUUUCUGGUAUAAUUUCAUAGCUGGCUGGAAGCAUGAUGUAAAUUGUAUCAGUUAAAAAAUCCAAUGAGUUUAUGAUAUGCAUUUACAUUUACCAGGGGAGGCUGGUGUAAGGAGCUAUGGGAGGACGGGCUAAUUGCAAUGGAAUGGAAUCAAUGGAACGGAGUCAACGAGGUUUCCAUAUGUUUGAUGUGUUUGAUACUGUUCAAUUUAUUCCAUUCCACCCAAUACAAUGAGCCCAUCCUCCCACACGCCUCCACUGACAUGUACCUAACCAGCUCUAUGGUAUAGCACUAUCAAUUCAUAUUUAUGCCAUUGCGUUCAGUUGUUUGCAUUGUGGUUUGAAUAUUGAUAUUUUAUUGGCAUUAAAUACACAAAUAAAUAGGUAAACAAAUUAACACAAAACAUAACACCAGAAUGUGAUAUUUUUGUCAUAUUGUCACAUAAUAGGUUAUGAAUGUAGAAAAACCAGACUAAGGUAUCGAAAACAAGUCCCAAAAAUGAGCAAAGGCCAAAUGCCAGUAUCCUAGUGGGGGUAGAUAUCACAGGGCCUCAGGACUUAACAGUAGGGGUUAACUGCACAAUGAUGUUACCUUUGGCCCAUCUAUAAAUACUGUGGUCAUGCAUCCAUAGCUGUGACACUUUGUCAGCAGUCCAAAUGUCACCCUAUUCCCUAUAUAGUGCACUACUUCUGACCAGGGCCCAUGGACCCUAGUACAAAGUAGUGCACUAAAUAGGGAAUAAGGUGCCAUUUGGGAUGUAUCUAUUGUGGCAUGGGUAUGGGAGAAAUGUAGGGGAGGGGGGUGGGAAGAGGGAGGAAGAGGACACACAGGGUGACACUGGAGAGUGUGACACUGUGGGAAAAUAACUAAAUGUGUGUGACAUUGAGUAAGAUGACUGACGUGAGGUAGCAUGACAACACCGUCACAUUUACAGAGACCAAGGCUUCCUCAGUGAGCGUGGCCAUUAGUAUGAUAUCUUACACUAUGCACGGUGUGCCAGAUAGACAGCUAGGAGAAAAGUGCUCCACGAAAUG